AUGGUCAUAAAAACAUUUUCAUUAAUAUUCUUCUUUCUUAUUAACCCAGUUGAACAACUAACACCCCAACAUCUCCAGCAAUUGAAACAAGAAAUCAUAAAAGAAAUCAAUUUAAAAUCAGAAGCUUCUGAUAGUACUAUCAGCAACAGUGGAUCAAUGAUCCCCACGAAGUUAGCUUCCCGAGAGACAUGGAGGAAGUUUAUGGAUUCAGUAUAUCCAAACCACAGAAUUGUAGAAUGGCGUUCAUCUACUUUGAAUAGUAAUCCCGAAGAUCCAAAAUUACCACAGUUCGAAUGGGGAACUGAUUCCGAGGACACCCAGACAGAGCGAGCAGUCCGCCACCUCAAUACUCAUUGGAACUUUGACAAACACUCAGUUAUGGAUACACAUCGAACCGACAACAUUUCCACACUUUUUGGAAAACACAACACAUUUCACGCGAGUUUCGAUGCCCGUAUCGAGCCUGUGUCCGACCAAAUCUUUAAAAACUUGGAUUUUUUGGAAGAUGUAGAUAAUCUGUUCGGUACAUUGAUAGAU